AUGGCAAGUGACAGAAUGGCCACUGUGGUUGUAGACAAUGGCACCACAACGUCCAAAGCAGGAUUUGCGGGAGAAGAUGCCCCCCGAACAGCAUUCCCUACUGUGGUUGGGAGGCCCCGGCUUCAGGGGCCCAUGGGCCUGAAAGACUUCUAUGUGGGGGAAGAAGCACAGCGCAAGAGGGAUAUUCUAGCCCUGAAGUACCCCAUUGAAUUUGGUGUGAUCAUCAACUGGGAUGACAUGGAGAAGAUCUGGCACUACAGCUACAAUGAGUUGCAGGUUGCACCAGAGGAACACCCGCUCCUGCUCACUGAACCUGUCAGGAACCCCAAAGCCCACAGGGAGAAGAUGACCCAGGUUAUGUUUGAGACCUUCAACACACCAGCUUUGUACGUGGCUAUGCAGCCGGUGCUAUCCCUGUUUGCCUCUGGCCGUGUGACUGGGAUUGUGCUGGACUCCGCAGAUUGGAUCACCCACACCGUGCCCAUCUCUGAGGGUUAUGCACUGCCCCGCGCCAUCAUGCGUUACAACCCAUCUGGAAGUGAUCUGACAGAUUUUUUUGUGAGGAUGCUGGAUGAGAGGGGCUACAGUUUCACCACCACAGCUGAGAGGGAGAUUGUGCGGGACAUCAAAGAGAAGCUCUGCUACGUGGCCCUGGACUUCGAGCAGGAGAUGGCUGCAGCUGCCUCGUCAUCCUCUUUGGAGAAGAGCUAUGAGCUGCCCGAUGGCCGGGUGAUCACCAUUGGCAAUGAGCGGUUCAGGUGUCCCGAGGCCCUCUUCCAGCCUGCCUUCCUAGGCAUGGAGUCCUGUGGCAUCCACGAGCUCACCUUCAACGCCAUCAUGAGGUGCGAUGUGGACAUAAGAAAGGAUUUGUACGCCAACAUAGUGCUGUUGGGUGCUGAUGCCACGUACCCUGGCAUGGCUGACAGGCUGCAGAAAGAGAUCACACCCUUGCUCCCCAGGACAAUGAAGAUGAACACUGUUUCCCCACUGGACCGCAAAGAUGCUGCUUGGGUAGGUGGCUCCCUCUUGGCAUCUCUCUCCAUCUUCUGGAAGAUGUUGAUCAGCAAGCAAGAGUAUGAUGAGUCUGGCCCCUCAAUUGUCCACUGUAAAUGUUUUUAA